CAAUUGUUUGGAAUUUUGGCACUGGUUUGGAAUUUUGGUACUAGUUUAGAAUUUUGGCACUGGUUUGAAAUUUUAGCACUGGUUUGGAAUUUUGGCACUGGUUUAGGAUUUUGGCAUCAUUUUGGGAUUUCAGCAUCAUUUUGGGAUUUUGGCAUCAUUUUGAAAUUUUGGCAUCGUUUUGGGAUUUCGGCAUCAUUUUGGGAUUUUGGCAUCAUUUUAGGAUUUCAGCAUUGUUUUAAGAUUUUGGCAUCAUUUUGGAAUUUCAGCAUUGUUUUGAGAUUUCAGCAUCGUUUUGAGAUUUUGGCAUCGUUUUGGGAUUUCGCAUCAUUUUGGAAUUUUGAUAUCAUUUUGGGAUUUCAGCAUCAUUUUGGGAUUUCAGCAUCAUUUUGGAAUUUUG